AUGUUGGCCACUGUGUCACCAUCUACGAUUCCGACUACUAGCCAUAACCAAAGACGAGUGUCCUCCUUUGAGCACCUCAGUGGUCAAGAUGACUUUCAUCGCAUGGUUCUGCAUGCGAAUGAACAACGACGACAGAAUCAUGGUUGGAGCAGCACACGAUCCGUAUCCUCCUGUAACACGGACGAUGCUGGUUCCACGAGUACCGAGCACAUGUCCAAUACUUGCGGAGCCAGAGAGAGGAGACAAAAAGAGAAACGUCGCUUUCUUUCCUUUACCAAAGUCUUGAUGAAGUUUUUGGAAAAGAAGAAUCCCACGGUUUGCAAGAAUGCCCGCAAUGUAAUUCGCAAAUACAAAAAGAAGUCCAAGAAUGAAGAAGGAGGGCAACAUAACUAUUGUGGAGAGGAGAGUGUAUCCGAAAGCAUGUGCGAAUCCAUCAAGGUUCCACUCAAGCAAACCGUCGGCUCUGCGUAUUGGAAACAAGCCAAGGAAGAGCAAAGGAAGAACAACAUAUUACGCAAGAAUGAUGAUGAUGACUACACUGAUUUCGAACCUCUCUCACUCGAUUCCAGCUCAUCGGACUGCCUUUGUGAAAACCAAACAGCGGAAGCGUUAUCUCACUUUGCAAGCAGCAAUCGUGGUGACAAUAUUAUGACAAGCACUACCAGUCACAAACGAGCGUCGUCGUACAGGCGAUCCUCCUCCUCCUCCUGUCAUCAUUCCAAGGAGAAUCAUCUGGUAACAGAAGAACGAAAGCUUCGAAAACAACGCUUCUGGAUGCUAGUCCGAGUCUUGAUGCGAUACGUUGAAAAGAAGGAUGUCAUAUUAUACAAGAAAGCCCGAGCUACCUUGGAAAAUUGCGCCACGAGAAAUGUCCGAAAGGAGCCACGCUUUGUCAAUUUGAUUGAAAGCGUCCAACGAGAGUUGAAACAUACCGUUGGCACAAGAUACUGGAGACGAGCCGAACAUCACGUGGCCAAGCAUAUUCUGAAGAAAGCUAGUGAACAGGCAUGGGAGGACGCCCUUGCCAAGGAGGCAUCGUCCUUUGGGUCCUCUCUCGACAAUUUAUUCACCCCACCAGUUCCAUUGCAAGAGCAACCACAACAACCACAGCAUGAACAAACCGUUGUUGUGCAUCCGCUUGUGCUGGAACCCGCCUUUGCACCACCACCGAGGCAGAAUCACGGCAGCAGCCACCAUUGGAGAGAUCCGUCUAUUCCAACCAACGUGGCCAUUCCCACCAAGAAGCUGCCAGCCGAACACCACUGGAGGUUGGGAGGAUGUGACUACUACCAGUCUCCACAUGGUACUAUUUCAGAAGACAUCAUGUACGGAUGA